CCACGUAACUCUCCUACACAUUUCUCAAUUAUUACUCUCUCCUCACACCUCUCUUCCUAUAUGGCUUGGGCGGCGCUCUCUUACCUCCAGUCAAACCCCUCGUUGACCGCGCGUCCCCUACCCCACCUCUCCUUUUAAUCUCUUUUCCUUCCUCUAUUAUAUAAGUAACUCUUACCUAUCCUUUGUUCCGCACUCUGUUUUUUCACAUAGAAUAUUAUAUUAAACAGUUUUGUGUAUUUUCUUUUGAAAAAAUGGCUGUCAAAAAUAAGGUUAGUAAUGGCGAUCUGAAAGGAGGAAAUGUGAAAACAAACGGAGUUAAGGAGAUUCACUACAGAGGUGUAAGGAAGAGGCCAUGGGGUCGGUAUGCAGCUGAAAUCCGUGACCCGGGCAAGAAGAGUCGGGUCUGGUUGGGUACUUUCGACACUGCGGAAGAGGCGGCUAAGGCGUACGACACUGCCGCUCGAGAGUUCCGUGGACCCAAAGCUAAAACUAACUUCUCUUUACCGUCGGAGAAUCAGAGCCCAAGUCACAGCAGCACCGUGGAGUCCUCUAGCGGAGAGACUGGAGUUCACGCGCCGCAGCACGCUCCGCUCGAGCUGGAUCUCACGCGCCGCUUGGGCUCCAUGGCUGCUGAUGGCGGAGACAACUGUCGUCGUGCUGGUGAAGUUGGGUGCCCGAUUUUCCACCAGCAACCGACGGUGGCGGUUCUGCCAAAUGGCCAGCCGGUUUUGCUCUUUGAUUCUUUGUGGCGACCGGGAGUUGUUAACAGGCCUCAGCCUUACCAUGUAACGCCGAUGGCGAUGGGGUUCAACGGCGUUAACGCCGGAGUCGGUCCUACUGUGUCGGACUCGUCCUCUGUAGUGGAUAAGAAUCAAUAUGAUGGAAAAAGAGGAAUUGAUCUUGAUCUUAACCUUGCCUACGGAAUUUUAAUGUUAACGAUGAUGUAGUUUGAGAGAGAGUAGAGUGUGAGAGAGACUAAUGGUUGAAUUUUGUAUAUACGUAGAAGAAACUGUUCGUUUUUUUGCAGCUGAGGGGUGGUUGUAAUGUUUGUCUACUAUUUGUUAACUCUAGUCCUUGUUUAGGCGUUCUGAUUAAUGAGAAAAUUAGUGUUUUCUCCUUCCAAAUA